CCAUUUUUGAUUGUGUGUGCAUACUCACACAGACUUCAUUGUAAACGUCAAAAUGCAAUUACCCUUAAAGUACACACACACACGCGGGCAUAAAACACACACAUAAGCUGUGUUGCAUACAAUCUGCAUCUAAUUUAUAGCUUAAUUAAUCAAAAAGCGGCGAUCAAACAGUGUGUGUAAGUGUGUGUCUACUUGCCCAAUCAGCUGACCACGUACAAACAAACACAAAUAAUCAUAACUCCUCUCUACAACAUUGUAUUGACAUGGUAAAUUGAUCCUUCUUCAUUGAAUGGCGAAAUUGUCAUCGACAAUCCUAUGACGCAUAUCAAUUCAAAUUCACCUCCUAUACUAUGGCCUCCGGUAUCCUUCUCCGGUACGAGUUAUUCGACCGGGAAUAACAUCUAUGACAAUAAAGAAGGUCAAGAUGGUUUAAUCAACACAAACGCAGCAUGGAACGUUAGCGGUCCAAUUGAUACCAAUCAACUUCAACCUUCUCAUAAUGAUGUAAUUGUUGAAAGUUCCAACAGUCAGCAAACUGCCAAUCUUCCGGCUGAUGCAUUCAUAGCAUUCCCAACACAGCAACAAGGCAUUCAUCCACCUUUUCAGCAUAUACCUCCAACAUCUCAUUUCCAAACAAGCAUACCGACAGCUACUCAGCCACACUUCAUCGACGACAGACAGCCUGCAGGAAUCAACGCUCCUGCUGUCGUUCAGAAUACGGUUACUCUACAAAAGCUUCCCAAACGCGAUCAUUCAAAUGAUGGAAAUGCAGAUGCAUCUCAACCAACCGAUCCACCUAAGCGUACAAAAAAGAAGAAUACAAAUACCAAACGAGAACAAUACCGAUCAUGCGAUCAAUGUCGUUCAGCAAAAAGUGCUUGUGAUUUGAAAUUGGAAGCUCCUUUGGUAGAUGGCAUACCUGCUAAAGCUUGUUCGGGAUGUGCAAGACGUGAAAUCUUUUGUACGGCUUUAUGGCUAGAGCGGAUGCUUACACAAAGAGAACAAAAGCGAAAGAAAAAUGCUGUUCAUGAACAUCAAAAUCAACAACAAGCUCGACAAGCAAAUGCAGCACCUUAUCCGACAACCAAGGAUCAACCGCCAGCAAUCGUUGUGCCAGCAGGACAAGUGAAUCAAAUCGAAAGUGGCACAACUCAAUUCUUGACGCCAAGCCCGAUCAAUGCGGCGCUUCCUUUGGUCAGUGGUAAUAUUGCCAAUUCUCAGCAACCCAUGUGGCAACACUUGUACGCCCUACAGACGUACAACUCACACACUCUUCCACACAGCAAAAUGGAACAGAGUCUCGGCAAAGAUCUAAUGAUGGACCAUUUGGAACGGAACAAGUUCAAAAUCUUUUACGAAACCUUUGAGAUCCCAUUCUCUCAUUGGCUUGGUCAAGAAUGCAUUCCGCCGCCUUACCGAGCAGGCUUGGCGAUCAUGAAUGAUAGCCAAACAAACACAAGCGGUGAUGCAUACGCAGGAUCGAUGCACAGCUCGCCCAACAUUGGUACGCAUCGAGGCAAUGAAGCUUUGCAACGUGUACUGAACAAGGCAAUGCUCGAGACGGGUUCAGAUGCAAUUGGAAAGUGCUCCUUUGCUUCGGCGCCUUUUUUGCUUUCUUCGGUUUACAUCUUGGAUGCUUUGAUGGACUCGAAGCGAUUUCGCGGGAGUCGUAGUCCCAGAUCACCUCUUUACAGUGCGCAAAUCGAAUCAGCAUUACAUUCGGCAGUUUUGGCAAGUGCUUCUCAGUAUGGCAGUCAAAGUGCUGAAAAUCUUGAAGCUCAAAAGCAUAUGACGGCAACUGCAUGGUACAAAGCAAAGAAGGAACUGUUCGAUUUAAUAUCUGAUACCUGGUCUUUCCGUCUAGCAUUGGGUUUGCUCAUCUUUGGAAUGACAACGCCUCCGACACCCGAAGACGGACGUGUUGAUCAUUCGACAUCUGAAUUAUACCAAAAUACCCUCUUUGCAGCCACUGAAGCCUGUCAAAGAUUACGACAACUUUGUCAACACGUUCGUAGGAUUAUUUCGAGAUGUCGUAAAGAAAGACGUUCAGCUCCGGUUGAUAGUGAUAUAACGGAAUUACUGGGUGCUCUUGAAUGGCUGGCGAUUAUGAUUGAUACUGUCAAGAUGGUCACUUAUCGCACAAAUGUUUCGAAUCCCUUGACAAUUGCUGCAAUUUCAUCGGCUGAUUCGAAUGAGGAUCAAACGGAUUCAUUGGAAAGUAACAUGGAUGCCAUGUAUUCUAUGCCGAUCAUGGAUGCUGAUGACAGUGACGAUUUUGAUGACUCCGAUCAGUCGGAUGAUGUUGCAAAUAACAUCUUACUUCUUUCCAGAUUGGAUCUUCGUUCUGACGGUUCGAAUGAUGGAAGCCUUCCGUCGUCAUCGCCACAGAUGCAGUUCGCUUCAAAUGACAUGCAAGCUUCUUCGAGCAAGAGCCCUUCGUUGGAUUCGCAAUCUGUGUCUUUAUCUCGUUGGGAAGACGUAAAGAUGUGGAAUAUGAUCAUCGAACGAACACGUCAGACAAGCAUGCAAGCUCGCGUUCAAAUCACACAAACUGGCAGCAUUGACACCGAAUUGCUUUUGCUGACCAUUCGAAGGGCGACUUCUUUGAAGAUUCUGUUGUGGAAAGCAGUGGCAGAUUAUGCCAAUCUGUCUCGUUGUGAAAAGUACAUGAACGGUCUUCUCAAAACAUCUGCAACCAGCAUUUUGACGUUUGGUCAAAAUGUAGUUGAACAAGAUGAAGCAUAUCAAACGAUUGUUGAAAUCAUUCGACUUUGGCAUUCGAUCUUUGGUGAGAUGGCUAAAACUGCAAUGGAUUCGUUUGCUUCUUUGCCAAAAUCAGGAAGGUCUAUGCUCUCAUUCGUGUGCAAUCAUGUUGCGCUAGGCACUUUGCAUUUCUUCAAUAUCGCCGAAGCGAUACAAAGGGACCUGUAUGCAAGGAAGAAAAGAAAAUUAAGCUUCCAACAUAAUUCUGGCAUAAAAGCACCUCUCAAUCGUGUUCCGGGCUCGCAUGACUUCUUGCACGAUCCUCAGUCCAAUGAAAACAGGGAUACAAAGCAUGAAUUCUCGGCACAACAUCGAUCACUCAGACUCAAUGCAGCAGAGCAUAUCUCAUUCAUUGCGGAACUCAACAAUGUAUACGCAGAUCAAGAUGUAGACUUUUCUGUUGUGAACAUGUUCCCAGGGGAGAAGAAAGUGACAGAAGCCGUUCUUUCUGCAUCGGGUAAUGCCUAUCAUCCCGACUUCUGGCAUCAUCCGUUCAUCAGUAUGUUUUUACAAGCUCAACAUAUGGCAGCUUAUGAACUUUUACAAGAAGCUCAAGCUGCUCUUUCACUUCAAGGUGCGUAUGAUGGUCGACCUUUACCGUCUUUAUUACGUUCUGCCGAUGUUUGCCUUAUUGCUAUCCAACGUAUGUCAAGCGGUUUGAUCUCUGUUCCAAGACCGGCAAUUGAGACAAAGAUGCAAUUGGAAGUGCUACGAGCAAUGAGAGCAUCUUUCGGAUUUUAACAAGUUUCGCUUCUUUCUUUCGUUCGUUCGUUCGUUUUAAUCGUUAAUAUGUGUACCUAUAUACCUUUUUCUCGCGCAUCCUUCUUUUUUACUGUAUCUUAUUUUCUCUCUCUCUCUCUCUCUUUAGCAAUUUUUUGAAAUGAUAUCGCAAUUGUCAAGACACCAUCAUACAUUCUGAUGAAACGGCUUCUAACGAGUGGUAUAACCACCAUUUGCAAAGAUUGUUUGACCUGUGAUCCAAUUACCAUCUGAAACCAAAUGUUUGAUGAUUGGAGCGAUAUCAUGAAUAUCUGUCAAGCGACCAUCGAGAGCUUGUGAUUUAUGGAAAGCAACGGCAGCAUCUUCUUCUUGUGGAUAAAAGAAAGGCGUAUCCAUUGGACCUGGAGCGAUUGCAUUGACGGAAAUACGUCUUUGUUGUAAUUCCUUAGAGGCG